AUGAACGCCAUGGACGCCGAGCAAUGGAGUCACACGGGAGGCGAGGCUGUCCCGCAUCAGGCGGUGGAACGGCAAGCGGGCACAACUCCACGCCGAGCAGGCCAGAGCACGGAGGACACAGUCAUGGCGCGCAUUGAGGGGGAGGGCGGAAGUUGUCGCCAUUUGGCGUCGCGCCCAUACUCAGGCCUAGAAAGGGAUCCCACCGGUGAAGAUUUAGUAGACGGCCGAGGUAGCGGAUGCAGAGGGAUGCAGACAGAAGCGGCCGGAGACGGAACGUCGACCAUUUGCGGAACCGAGCCCUUCCAUCUUCCCCCUCUUUCCGGACGGGAAAGUCCUCUGAAGAGCGGCGAACGCACGGACAACCGCGAGCACCGAGGGAGCAGCAGGGAAGAAGCGCAACCUCGCUUUCUUCUUGGCUCCGACUUACCGAGUAUACAGGAGCAGUCGGCCGCAGGCUCCGCCCAUGCCUCUCUGGAGACCGCCGGUGUUGUCUCUAGGUCAUUUCCGCUUGGGGGCCUCUUGCCUCCCGCAGCUUCUGCAGCGCUCCACUCGGGGUUGUCCGAGGCUGGAAAGGAAAUGUUUGAGCGGAAGACUACCCUGUUGAAGGAGUUGCUAGAUGAGAAGACUACUCUUCUGACUCAAGCGCGUGUUGAGUUAGGACACGCCAGAGGCAGGCAGAAUGACGAGUUACGUCAGAUUUUGCACCUCAGAGAAGAGCUGAAACAGAGGAAGGAGGAGCAACUCGAGGUGGAGGCGCGACUUCUGGAGCUGUCGAGGGAAAACGAACAACUGUCGGCAAAAUUAGCUGCUGCCAGAAAAGCAGCUCUGUGCCGAGAAGAAGAUUUCAACCGCCUGCAAGGCCGCAGUGACGAGGAAUUCCGACACUCCGCUGAAACGCGAUUCCAGCUUCAAAGCGAAUGCGAACUUUUGAGGACAGAGCUCGACCGUUUGCGCGCUGACUACGAAAACUUGAAAGAGUGUGGCGAGCAAGCAGCUAAACGCGAAGCUGCGCGAGUUGAGGAAGUGUUUCGUCUUGAAUUGUUGCUUCGGUCAGCUCGUGCGGACCUGAAGAUGAAAACCGUACGCCUCUCUGAAGUGGAUGAUCAGCUACGAACGUCCCGCCAGUACAUCUGCUACUUAGAGCGGCUGAUUCGAGGUCUCCGUUUCUUUGUCAAAUACGAGAUCCAGUCCGAGUCUCCGCCGGAAGCGACCGAGGAUCCAUGCCGCAUUCACGCAGAGCCGUCAGCUUCGUUGCGAGAGCACGAGGAGGCCCGCCUUCCGAUGGAUGCUGGGCGAAACGGAGGAGCCAGUGGUGCGACGGAGCUGAAGGACAGGGUAGACACCGUGGACUCCCGUAAAAGAGCUUUGGCAGAAGGGAGCAGUAAUUAUGAGGGAGAGCACCGGUCUUCACCGUUCGCCUGCAUCGUAGCAGUGGAGAAUCCGACUUCUAGUGCCGUAUCUAGUGCGCUUUUUGCUCGCACGCUGGCGCGGAGCUGCGGAAUGCAGCGUGGUGGCACAGCGUACUUACAGAGCGACGGCCGAGAAGGGGGAAAAGCGGCAGAGAGCGCGUCUUCGCGACCGGUGGACCGCAUGAACUCCGCUGCGCGAGGUGGGCACGCAUCCGCAGCCAUGACAAAUAUCUCGGAACUGGCGAGAAGAGGUUUCGAGCUCGAGCACCUCGAGCUCCGCCUGGACGCGGAAAGGCGUACAGUGGAUGCGGCCCUGCGGGACACGGUCGAAGAAAUUCCUCGGCUCGAAGGGGAGGACCUUUUUCAGCGUAGCAUCGGUUUCCUCCCUUUCAAGCAGACACAAGAGGCUAGUGCAAGCCAGAGCUGUGAACAGGAGGGUCAGCGUGAUUUGGAGCCUGCGAAUGAUUAUGUUCCUCGUACGUGCUUCGAAGGUGUCUCCGGGGAGUGCCUCGAUUUCCUGGAUUCUCGAAUGGAAAGGGCCUGGGGCAGAGGCGGAGGAGCGAGGAGCUCACCGGUUUCGAACGCUCAUGCGUGGCGAGACACCUGUACACGAUGCGCCGAUGCUAACGUUCCGAAUUUUCGAUCCAAGGAAGAGAGUAGACCGUGGGUGGAAGGCGACGACGAGGAGAUGGAAGGAAGAGGGGCUAACGGCGAUCCAGCUAUGGCCUAUUUGGAGCACCUUGUGAGACGAGCCCAUGAAGAUAUCAGGGGAGGAGAACCGCGCACAAUCCGAGGCCGCGUUCCGGUCCGCCUUGCCGAUCGUUCACGCGUGCAAGGGAUGCCAGGAGACUCAUUUUCUCCGCGCGAUUCCGAGUGUCGUACACCGGGAUCCCUCGUCCCUAUAAGGCCUUGUCGAUGCUCGAGUUUAGUUUCACUGCCAAAUGUGCCCGCAUCCUCAGUUUCUCGAUCGCCGGCUACGCUUGGGUCUCUCGCUCGUCGCCUCCCGAGGCCAGGUGAUGGCCGCACGUCUAAGCCUGGCUUCGGCGGGCGCCAGCGUUCCCCUUUUGAUGCUUUUCCCUGUGUUUUGAGUCCUGCUCUAGGCCCUGCACCGGAUGGAACCGUACCUGUUUCUCCCACAGUUGAUUGCUUUCUGAAAGACCGCCGCAGCAAGACUCCUCCCAGUUCCUGGAAGUUCAGGGGCAUAGGGGUACCUCCUCACCGCGCUCAGGCUCAGGCGUCUUCGAAAGCGCGUUUCGCACCGUUUCCACCUCCAGACAGGUUUCUCUCCUCGAAGCUCCUGCCUGGAACGGUCACACAGCGUUGCCAGAAACAGUACAGCAAUGGGACGCUGGAGGGAGAAAACUACAGCGAUAAUUCUUUGGACGACUUGGAUUUGAUCUCAAUCAAUGACGAUGCAUUACGGCGCCCUCCGCCUCUCUCAGGCUCUCCCCAAUUGUCCUUUCUGCAUUGUGAAUCGAGCCGCUCUCCGCUUCGUUCUUCUCUCCAUGGUAAUAUGCCGCAGCUCUUCGACACCUUAAGACUCGCUCACUCUGGCGGUGAUAGCCCGCGUUCCUGCACACCCGCGCAACAAGGACGCUGCCGAGGAACUCUUCCGCGGUGUAGCAGCCGAGGCGAUAGGGCACUAAAGGGUCGCUUCGUGCGUCCCAGCUUGCCCCCGCCAGUGGUCAUCGCACACGGCACGGAGGUUCUCAGCGCAGAAGGCGCAGCUGUAAGACUAGCCCGCGAAAUUCGGGAUCACUCGCCAGCACGCAAAUCGAAAGAGGUGCUCAGAACUGCGCGGGUCAGCGGCGGCACGCGCCUGAGGCCAAGGUGGAAGGCUGGCUGA